UCUCACCUACUUCGACUCCUCUCCCUGUCCCAGGGAGGGGAGAAAAGGUCUGGGAUUUGUUGCCAAGAGGGGCUUUCCCCAGGAUUUCCUAGUUCUUUCUUUACUGCUGUGCUUGAAGCUCACAGGAGACCCCUCAAGAGGUGGUCACUGGCCCACAGCCCACCCUGUCCCCCACCCGCCACCCCCACUGUACCAAAUGCUAGCUCUGCCCUUUCCUCUGUGUUUUUCCCAUCAAGAGAGAUGGUUGUGGUCAUGAAGUUCUUCCGAUGGGUUAGACGGGCUUGGCAAAGGAUUAUUUCCUGGAUUUUCUUCUGGAGGCAGAAAACUAAACCAACCAUCUCAGGACACCCUGACUCCAAGAAACACUCAUUGAAGAAGAUGGAGAAGACUCUCCAGGUGGCUGAGACUUUGAGGUUGGUCGAGCCCCCAAAAGAGGCUAAGCCCAGGUUGGGUGAGUCCCCUGAGCUGGCAGAUCCCUGCGUGUUGGCCAAGACUACAGAGGGGACCAAGGUGGAACUGGGCCAACAGGGCCGAUCCCUGCUGCAGCUGCCGAGGACGGCCAUCAAGUCUGUCUCCACACUCAUGGUCUCUGCCCUGCAGAGCGGCUGGCAAGUGUGCAGCUGGAAGUCAUCAGUGAGUUCUGUCUCAGUCAGCUCCCAAGUGAGGACUCAGUCACCUUUGAAGACGCCGGAGGCUGAGAUGCUGUGGGAGGUGUACCUGGUGCUGUGGGCCGUUCGGAAACAGCUGCUCCAGCUGUACCGCAGGCAGGAGAGGCACAGACGGCACCAUGUCCGAUACCAUGCUGCCCCCCGACCCAACCCGGCUCAGUCCCUGAAACUGGAUGCCCAAAGUCCCCUCUAGGGGGGAACCUCAGACCCUUAGAGAGUCCCGACCUCACUCUUACCUGGGGUCCCAUAUCAGCCCCUUAAAAUUAUCAAAAUAUUGGGAAAUAAAUAUCAGAUAGUUCGAGUCAG